UUUUUUUAGAAACCUCUCCUGAGAAAGAAACUCAAAAAUUAACAAACAUUUUUCAAAAAAUUCCAACGCGAACGUGAAUCGUUCAUGUUCCACGAUCUUCUGCAAAACAAAAAACUCUUCCAUUUUCUCUUCCAUCAACCAACAAAAACAAUGGAAAACUCUUCAAAUGAAUAGCCUCCAAAUCUCGAAUCCAUGGAGUCCGAACUCCAAGACGUAAAUUCCAAACCACCAAAACAACCCGACCCGGUUCACGACGACGGUCCUCUCCUCGAACCGAUCACAAUCUUCGCUUCCAACACCGAAGAGCUCGAGAAGAAAUUCGCCGCGUACGUCCGACGCGAUGUUUACGGAACAAUGGGACGCGGCGAGUUACCGACGAAGGAGAAGGUGUUGUUGGGGGUUGCAUUGGUGACGCUUGUUCCGGUGAGAAUGGUCGCGGCGAUGGCGUUGUUGUUGCUGUAUUAUUUGAUUUGUAGGGUUUGUACGUUGUGUUCUGUGCCGAAUCGGGAGGAUGAACAGGAGGAUUAUGCGCAUUUAGUUGGAUGGAGGAGGAUCGUUAUUGUUCAGUGUGGGAAAGCUCUUUCUAGGGUUAUGCUUUUCGUUUUAGGGUUUUAUUGGAUUACGCAAUCGUGUCGUGGUGAAAACCCUACCUCCAAUGAGAAGGAAAACAAACAGCAGCCUGAAGAGACAGGAAGACCCGGUGUAAUAAUAUCUAAUCACGUAUCAUACGUGGACAUUUUGUAUCACAUGUCUAAAUCAUUCCCAAGUUUUGUUGCUAAGAGAUCAGUGGCUAAACUUCCUCUAAUAGGUCUCAUCAGUAAGUGUCUUGGUUGUAUCUUCGUUCAGCGGGAGUCCAAGACAUCAGACUUCAAGGGUGUUUCAGCUGUUGUCACUGAAAGAAUUCGAGAAGCUCAUCGAAAUACAUCUGCUCCAAUGAUGAUGUUAUUUCCAGAAGGUACAACAACUAAUGGAGAAUAUCUCCUUCCAUUCAAGAGUGGUGGUUUUUUGGCACAUGCACCAGUACUUCCUGUAAUUUUAAAUUACCGUUACCAGAGAUUAAGCCCUGCCUGGGAUUCUAUAUCUGGGCUGCGCCAUGUGAUUUUUCUUUUCUGUCAGUUUGUAAAUUAUAUGGAGGUGACAGAGUUACCUAUGUACUCUCCCUCACAAGAGGAGAAGGAUAAUCCCAAACUAUAUGCAAAUAAUGUUAGAAGGUUGAUGUCUACUGAGGGUAAUUUGAUACUUUCAGAUAUUGGGCUAGCUGAGAAACGAAUAUAUCACUCUGCUCUUAAUGGUUUGUUUUCCCAAUGCUAAUUUGGCUCUGUGCCCUGUGUAUUCACUUUGGAAACGGAUUCGGUGACUUUAUUGCGGGAAAGUCACCGUAACUUUAGUUAUAAUUUUGUUGUUAUGGCAGGAAAAAUAUAUAAGAAAUAAUAUAUAAAGGUAUGAAAUGGUAAAAUAAAUGAAAUAAUGAACUAAAGUCAUGGUGACUUUGGAGAGGCAAAGUCACUCAAACCCUACCCAUUCACUUUAUGGUUCUAUUAUGUCCAGAAACAAAGAUAACAUAGAAAAUUAUGUGCUGACUAAGGAGCGUCAGUGCCUUUUAGCAGAGACAUUCUGGUACUAAUUUUUGGCUGAUCCUUCAAGUGUGAGGUGAUUUACAGUAUAAUUGCUGAUUCUGAUGGAGAUUUAGGCUCUGAGUUUUUAACCUAGUAAUCUUGACAAGGGCUGAAUUUUUAUACAAUAUAUGGUAGGAAUUUAAAUAUUUAGGAGGGGUGUAGAGAAGCAAGUAAAUUUGUAAAUUAUUUGAUUUGAUUUUAUGAAUUAGUUUUACAGAAAUAUAUAUUAUAUACCCUCUUCAGAAUCAUUUCUUCAAUAUUUA